GAGGCGGCGGCGGCGGUGGAGGCGACCACUUCUCAGCCGAACAACAACAACAACCUACGGUAGCAGCAGCAGCUUGUAAUACAACAACAACAACCACAACAACAACAACAACCACAACAACCGUCGGAGCAGCAGCUGCGCCAUGGAAGCCUUCAGGGUUGCGGGGCGAGCCAUCGUCAGAAGCCCCAGCGCGGGUAAAAGUUGUGGCCAUAAGAAGCUGCCCGAGAACUGGACGGACACGAAGGAGACGCUGCUGGAGGGGAUGUCCUUCCACCUCAAGGAGCUGGGCUCCACCCUCGUGGACGCGCCCAAGGGGGAAGAGCUCACGGCACUCGCCGUCAAACGCAUCGUGGCCAUGGCGAAGGCGAGUGGCAGGAAGCUGCGCAAGGUGACGGUGACCGUGUCGCCCAAAGGCCUCGUGCUGCACGACGCGUGCAGCGCCGAGCUGCUGGACAACAUAUCCAUCUACCGCAUCUCGUACUGCACGGCUGACAAGGUGCAUGACAAGGUGUUCGCCUUCAUCGCUCAGAGCGGCCUCGACGACAACCUCGAGUGCUUCGCCUUCCUCUGCACCAAGAAGAAAGUGGCCCAGGCGGUGACGCUGACGGUGGCCCAGGCGUUCCGCGUGGCGUUUGAGUUCUGGCAAGCGGCUAAGGAAGCUAAGGAAGGGGGCGCCCCCCCUCAGCAGAGUGGCGGUGGCGCCACGCGGAGCGGCACGGAGGGGGGGCAGCCCCCCUCGGGGACGCUGCUGCGGGACGUGCUCCACGCCAUGAAGGAGCUGCGCCUGAAGCUGAGGCACCGGGGGAUGGUGGCGCCCCCCACCUCCUCCUCUUUCCUGGAGUUUGCUUCUCCUGCUGCAGCCCCCCGGCCACAGCGACUCCGGAUCCCAGGGCCUAACGCCCGUGGAACUGCCGGCGGCGCCAUCCGCAGGCGGAUCAGGGUGUACGGGACGACCUCCACCCACUUCUUCUCUUCCUCCAUCUUCGUCCCGGGAAGGACCGUGCCCAUUGGGCCAUCCUCGGAUUAUCCCCAGGGUUCCCAGAGGACCCGUGCUGGGCCCAUUUGA